CAUAUUGCGUUUGUUUUACUCACUUCUCAUGAACUCGAGAUGCUCAAUUUGGCUCUCAUUGGCUGAAAAAUGAGCACGCGAAAGCAUUGUUUUCUGUGGCGCUUAAUAAGCCAAGGGCUCCUCGGAGUAACCUGGUUGUACGUCAUCCUUCCCGCAUGUUCAUAGAAGUCGGCUAAACGAAUGCGACGUAUGUUUAUGCAGGUGCAGCAGGUGCAGUUUUUGCGGUUUUGCUGCUGGUGUAGCGUGCGUGCGUGCUACUCGACUAGUACGAUGUCAAAAACUAACGACUACUCGCUCAAGACUGAAUUUUAAGCAUCUGUUUGAGAACGAAAGACACGUCUAGUUAAGUUCAAACAGUGCCGUAUUUAAUCCUAGAGAGGAAAAAAGAAAAGCGAAAACAACCGGAGGUUUGUCGUGCUUUCGAUGCGCUCCCAGAGAGGUUGUUGUACAUUAUUUGACGUUCGGAUAGCCGACUCUAAUUUACCUUUGCUGGUAGUCAAAACAGUCAAAAUAUAAGGGACGCGCAGUGUCCACUGCUGAAAACAGGGAACCCGACAUGUCAGCGUACGGACCACAAGUACCACCCGGUCUGAAGGCCGCGGCCGACUCCACAACCGCAAACAAUGCAGUCAUCGGGCCAGUGCUCCCGCCAGGGUUCAAACCUUCAGCUCCGAGAGACGCGGGCAGCGGCACCGACGAAAGCAGCGCCUCGUCCAACGAAGACGCGCCGGAUCUCUACGGACCGUCGCUGCCACCCGGCUUCGGCAAGCCGGACAUCAUCGGACCCGUGUUGCCUCCAGGCUUUGCGUCGUCUUCAUCUUCGAGCAGUUCCCAGAGCUUCAUUGGACCAGCCAUGCCCCCUGGCUUUGGUAAGACUCUGCAGGCAGAUCAGGAGGUUCCUGGAGACGACGACGACGACGACGACAGCUCGGACAGCUACAUUGGACCGAAGCCGUCGGAGGCAGUAGGCGAGGAUUACGCGGGCAACGAGGCCGCCUUGGACAUCGACCGCAGGGCCAACAAAAUGAAGAGGCACCUUGAGGGCAAGGACCAAGAUGAUGAGCCACGCCGAGAAGAGUGGAUGACCGAGCUCCCAGACAACCUGGGACUUCGCAUUGGCCUCGGACCACGGACCUUCAGGAAGAACAUGGAAGACCCCAAGGCGGACAGAUCCCAGUGGACCGACACGCCAGCCGAUAAGGCCAAGAAAGCCGAGAAAAAGGCCAAGAAGGACGAGGCGGAGCCUUCGCGUCACCCGAAGCGCAGUAAGAAAGAAGAGGAGAUUGCUGAACAGUUGACAAAUUACAAUAAAGAAAAACGGGCAGAGUCCCUUUUGGACAUGCACCGAAAGAAGCGGAAAGUGGAACAGAGUAAAGUUGUAGUCCAAGAGCGAAGAGAAUUCAACCGCGAGGAAGACCUGAAGAUCAGUCACAUUGACGCCAAGGCCAACAAGGCGCUCCUCAACAAGGCAGCACUUUUGAACACAAAGUUUGCUGCUGGUGCACAGAAGUUUCUCUGACUGCAUUCUUGCUCCAUACUCAUUUCUUCUGUCCAAAUAAAUGUUUUUAAGUUA